AUGGGCAAUGAAGGAGGAACUAUUCCAAGUCGAUCAGAGAUCUUAAACUUUAAUGAGCAGAAAUUAGAGGGUGCAGAAAAAGCCCGAAACGUCUCUGACAAGCAGCUUCAGUUGUAUGAACUAAUUGGUUCGUACGGAUACUGUCGAUUGAGUCAUAAGAGACUCUGUAAGCCUAUAGUAUCUGAUUAUAGAGGACAACUAUUCAAUAAGGAAGCAAUCUUAGAGUUUUUAAUAGGCAGCAAAGCUAAUGACGACCAAUUUGGUUACAUAAAAUCUUCAAAAGAUAUUGUGGAGUUGAAUAUCGAUUAUGAUGAAGACAAGGGGGAAAUACGAUGUCCCAUCAGUGGAGAAAUCUACGAUUUGAGUGAUGAAAACGAUGUUCUCAGCAGGCUACGGCUCUGUUAUAUAGUGCCCUGUGGUUGUACAAUGAACCGAGUGAUUCUAGAUCAAUUGGUGGAUGUUGAAUACGAUAAACAGGGUAUAAAAAAACAGACUAAUGGACCUAUUAUUCAGUUCGAGUGCCCAGUCUGUAUGAUUUCAGCUCGGUCACGUGAUAUCGUCGAUAUCAACAGCUCUGACAGAGCAGUUAGGAAGCAGUUGGAAAGGAGAAUGAAGUUGUUGGAACAGGAAGGACUUACUCAUUCAUUGAAGAGGAGAAGAACUAGACUGAAGGGGAAGGUGGCAAAGAAGCGCAAGCACACAAGCAGCCGAAGUGCACAUGAUCGAAAUACACGUGACCGUAAUACACGUGACGUAAAAUCACCCCAUAUUUGUUUUUCGUCUACUGAACCCCAGUAUAACAAUUAG